AUGCUGCGCUUCCUUCCAUUUGGCAUUUUACUCCUUGCGUUCCCAUGCCUCGCGCAAGGAAACGAAGGAGAUUGCAGUGACCAGGCCUGCUCCAAGACGGGAGGCAGCCUGUUCAUACAGCGCCGCCUCGCGCCGAGCAAAGUCUCAGCGGACCCGGUGGCGGCCGCGCUGGCGCUGGAGCGGCGGAGCUCCGCGGCCUGGGUGGCCGCGCCCUUCGGCGACUGCCGGCGAGCGUGUCCCUCAGGGCAACGCAGCGAUCCAAAGCUUGCCUUUCAGGAGCGCCCUGUACAGUGUUUUUCAACGAGUGGCGAGCUGCUGGAAGACUCCAGCUGCCAUCAUCUCAUGAAGCCGGAGGUAUACAGGCAAUGUCAUUGCGGCGUCAUCUGGUGUGCGAAGGAGUGCCAAGACUUCGAUCUCGAAGCUGUUCUCGAGAGCGAACACACGGACAUCGGAGACGAACGCGAUUCAGAGUUUGAAUGCUUGGGCUGCUUCCCACUAGGAGAAGAUGAUGGCGUUGCCGAUCUCACAGCUGAUGCCCGGGAUGUGACCUGCAUGGAUUGGCAACAUGACACUCCUUGCCGCGGCGGACUGCCGUUCUAUCGCCUUCGGAUGAACAAGCCCAUGUCGGCGGAAUCCUGCUUUGAGUUCUGCAUUGGUGCCGGGAUGGAUUUGUUCGGCUUGGUCGAAGGCGUCGAGUGCCGUUGCGGUGCCUCGCGGCUCAACAAGGGCAUUUGGCGCGAUGAGAAACCCAGACCAGGGCUGGAAUUGCCAGCGCCCUUGAGCGGUUGCAUGACCGAGCAAAAAUGCCCUUUGCGCGUCUACCGAUGGCUGGGCCCUUUCGUGGGAGGUGGUACUGUGCCGGAGCACCUGAUGAUGUCGCAUAUCGAUGACCAGACCAUGGUGGACUCCAUCGUGACAGGGCGCCCCAUCACCGAAGAAGACGAGGAAGAUGGCGAGGAGUUGAGCGAAGAUCCUGCGCCCAUGGCACAGGCCCAGACGGAGAAUGGCCAGUUGGAGGAGGACGUUCAGCUGAGCACCGUUACGGAGGGCCCGGGCUGGGGGCGCCUCUGCGACGACAACGACGGCUGCCUCGGAGCCCGACCGUGGAUCGAGCGGACGGCGGUACCACCGGAGGGGAUGAGCGACCAGUGGCAGGAGUAUGUCAUCUUUCGCUACAAGUUCAAAGACGGCACGGAUGCCGCGCGCAAGGAGGGCUUGCGUGCUGCAGCGGCCGAGUGGCGUUUACAUACCUGCGUGGCCGUCAUCGAAGAUCAGGAUAUCAUUCAAUCUCCCUUCAUCGUGGCCGGCCUCCACACGGCUGGCUCCUGCUCCGCCACCCUGGGUCGACCGCUGAACUCUGGAAAACUCAACAUGGGCUGGUGCAAUAGUUUGAAAUCCAAGGGCAGCUUGGUUCACGAGAUCGGCCAUAACCUGGGAAUGUAUCAUCACCAGAACCGUCCUGAUGGCUCAGCGAGAUUCAAUGGAAAGGGGCCGCAUUUAGAAGUCUAUUGGCAGAACCUCAUUGACAGCUAUAAGAGUUUCCUGGCGCCAAAGCAGCAAGCUUACACGGGCUCUCAAAAAGAUGGUGAGAAUGAUCCUCAAGUUGGAUAUGCUGCCUACAACUUCGAGAGCAUCAUGCACUAUGGCCGUGGGGUGUUGAGAAUCAAGGACCAUAGCGUGAAUGAUGGUUAUGCUUUCAACACCAUCCCUAAGUCGUACAAUAGCGUGGUCGGGCAACGGCAUGGCUUGUCUGACGGUGACAAGAAGGCGAUCUUCGAUGCUUACAGAUGCAGGCCGAUGAAGGACUUCCAAGGAACCUGGGACGCCUUUGAGGUCAAUCAGAUUCAAGUCCCAGGAACGGCCUGGACGACUUUCCACUUCACGGUGACCUUUGAUGCAGUGCCUGUGGUGGUGGUCCUACCCACUCAUUCAGGCAGGCCAGCCACAGUGCGACUUCGGCAGAUUACAACAAGUAGUUUCCAGGCACUUGUGGUAGUUCCACCGGGAACUGCUGGCAACCAUGGAGCCUUGGAUGUGACCUUUAUGGCAGCAGUUGCUGGGCGGCAUCGUUUGAAGGAUGGUCGCACCUUUGAAGCCCGGCGGGUCACGCUCAAGAACAUCCAGCGUGGAAACUCCUGCACCGGGCAGAAUCCGGAAGCAUCUUGGACUUCGGUGAGUCUCCUUAGAACGUAUGAACAGGAGCCCGCCUUCGCGGCUAGUGUGCAAAGCUGUAACAAUGAGCUGGGAGACUUGCCUAGCUCCUUCUCCAAGCCCUUCAUGUCGGUGGCCGUCAGCAACCUAACGGCCUCCUCUGUCCAGCUUGCCCUGGAGCUGGCGCAAACCGCCGGUGAAGGAGAGGUGCUGCAGGAAGAGACCAUCGGCUUUAUCGCCAUGGAGCAAGGAAGCGGAAACUUUCGAAACCUGGGACGUCGACUCUACUACACCGCCAAGGUCUCAGCCUUUUCGGUCAAGGGCCGCUCGGACGGAGACGGACGCUUUCCGGUGCCGUUCCCGCACGUGGGCACGGAGACGCCACUGGUGAUCGGAGGACAUGUCUCGCGCAUGGGCUCCGAUGGAGGUUGGCUUCGCUUGUUCAGUUGCAAGGGCAAUGUGGCGAACGUUUACAUGGAUGAAGAUCAGUUCUGUGACUCGGAGACCUGGCACUGGCCGGCUGAACAGGUGGGCUCCGCGAGGAUUCGAACCAAGAGCUGGACAUGGGUACCCUUCGAGGCCUUGUUUGACGUGGCACCCGUGGUGGUCACCGCGCCCAUCGGGGGGGAAUGCUCGGCCUGUGACGGUUUCCAUGCGGUGAUGGCCCGGCCGGCCAAGACGAAGGUUGGCACCGAUGCCAUGACCAUUUCCUUCCUGGCCGCUUGGUCCAUGAAGAUGGCGAAGAUGGGUUGGUUGAAAGGAAUGUCUUGCAGGUCCAUGUGA